AUGUCUCCCCCAGCCCCCUGGCGCCCGCUCCUCGACUCCCACCUCUCCCAAAACAGCACCACGACCCUCACCCUGACAACCAUCGACCACGACGCCGCCAACCGCCCCGUCCCGCGCGCCCGCACCUGCGAAUUCCGCGGCUUCUGGCCCUCCCCAUCGCUGCACCCGAGUGCGCUCGACGCCCUGGCCGCCCAAUGCGGCGGGCCCAACCCGCCCGCCUACGAGAGCGACAUGCUCUCGCUCACCACCGACGUGCGCAUGGAUAAAGCCGCGCAGCUCGAUGCGACGGGCCACGUCGUCGAGGCGGUCUUCUGGCUGAAGGACGUGAUGAACCAGUGGCGGAUUCGCGGGACGGCGUAUGUGCUUGGGGAUCCGCGGGGAGGACCGCACGAGGAGGCGGCGCGAGAAGAAGUACAAAAGGGGAUGCGGAGGACGACGCAGGGCGAGGACGAUGGGUGGACGUGGGAGCGCCAGGUUACGAGCUACUUUGCGAAUCAUUCGCCGGCUAUGAGGGGAUCUUUUCGCAACCCCCCGCCUGGCCGUCCGCGAGAUACGCCCGCCGGACCCGGGCUGGGACUGGGGCAGACGGUGGAUGAUCUGCAUGAUCCGGUAGCGCGGGGGAACUUUCGCGUAGUCGUUGUGCGGCCGGAGGAGGUUGAGCGACUGGAUUUGUCGGACUUGCAGAACGUGCGGCGGGUGCAGUGGACUUUGCAGGAGGGUCGAUGGGAGGAGGUUGAGCUGUGGCCGUAG